AUGGAGUAUAAACUGAAUAUGCUACUUAAUUCAUCAUCCAACAAUGAUCAACAAUGUACUCAUUCAAUGUUGAAGCGCCUAAAGGAGGAUUACCAAAUGGAGGGCGGAGACCACCCUGUUGUCGACUUGAACAAGUCACCUUUGAAGAGAUCCAAGACCGAGGAUUCCCUGCCAUUGCCACAUACAUCAUUCUCUCCAUCUUUACUCAAUAAUAUUGAGCUGUUGCAUCCAUCCAGACACAACCAACAUGCCAACUCCAAUGCCAGCCACAACCACAACCAUGCCGACCACAUGUGCCCAUCCCGCCACUCUGAUAAAUCACCUUCGAAUGUCGAGGGUCGUCUGGAUCAACGCGUGGCAGACAAUUGGGAGGAUGAUCUCUCGGAUGAGGCACCUCUGAGUGACGAGGAGUAUGAGGGCGACGACUUUGACGACGAGGACGGCGGCCCAUUCAUUCCUCACAUCAACUCCUUCCACUUCCACAGUCAAUUCGAUGAGAUGUCGGCCAGGGCAAAGCCAAGACCCGACCUUUUCUCAUUGAAUGAUCGUCCACAGUUUGGAAACAGUGGUGCGGCCACCAGCCCGAGCAAGCCCAAGGUGGCCGGUUCGGCAUCGUCCACACCCACUCAAUCACCAAAGUCUAACCCUGGCACACCUGGUCGUCCAUUCCCCGCACUGGACUACAAGAUGCGCAGCGAGCAAGUCAAGCAGAACACAGACGGCACAUAUAGCUGCCCAUACGAGACAUGUAACAAGACGAUCAAGGGCAACAAGGGCAACUUGUCAUCACAUCUGCGCUGGCACAGACGUCUGGACGCCGAAGCCGACGAGUCCAAGGGCAUACUGAUGGAGGAGCAAGAGGACGAGGAGUUCACAACUCCCAUGAAGCCAUCACAGCGUGGAGUACAACUGCGUAAUCAGAUGAUCACAUAUGGUCUCAACGUGUUCCGUCAGGACAGCCAAGGCAAAUACCUGUGCUUCUUCGAGGGCUGCAACCUGAGGAUGUUGACCAAUUUCUCGCGCCACAUUGCCAAGCACGAGCGCAAGGGUGACAGGGUCAAGGAGGACCUGAUCCUGAACAUGCCCAAGAAACUGGCAAUGAGCAUGCCAUCGACGCCCACUACUUCAUCGUCUCUCUCAUCACCAAUCUCUCUGCUGUCGCACAGCACCCUAUCCACUCCCAACCUGAGCCCGCUGCAGGACAGCUUCAAGCCCAAGACGAGAAAGCCACUGUCGCUCACCAUCAACACUCAAUCACCACCCAUCUGGCCAUACAGCCGUUCGAUCUCGCUUAGCAAGCUGCAUCCACUGUCAUCGCCCCAGAUGGAGGACGGCUCGAGCAAGUCCAGGAUCGACACCUUGGUCGAGUCCAACAACAACAUGUCCGACAUCUUGGUGCCAGGCUCACACUCAUCAUCACCCAGAAGCAAGAGCUCACUGCCAAUGCCGCUGUCGCCCAAUGCUGUAUCAUUCCGCUCCACAACGACCAGUGCAGCCACCAACAACACCGAUAUCCAAUGGGUCUACAAGAUACCCAACACACCAACCUCCACCCCAUGCAGUCCAAGAGUGUCGUUCCCACCUCUGUCGGUGGUGCCCUCGUCGCCAUCAUCCCUCUCAUACUCAUCCUCAUCCUGUUCCUCCACACCAUCUUCACAGGUCAUUGCUCCAAUGACGCCCACAUCGCAGAUGAACUUCCAGUUCUCCAAACUGCGUUGUCGUUCGAGGGAGGAUGAGGUUGCAAAGUCACUGAUCACACUUGGUCAU